UGCACGCCCGCCCUACCCACUCGUCCUCUGGGUUUCCCGUCUCUUGGCCGGCCGGCUGUCUCGCACUCAUGAACAUCUCUCAACCUGUUCCGUCUACAGUCGCGAGCAUCUCCUUCUCCUUCCUCACCACGGAAGAUGUCCGGCGCAUCUCGGUCAAGCAGAUCGUGAAUCCCGUCCUCCUUGACGAGCUCAACAGCCCAAACAUAGGAGGGCUAUAUGACCCGGCAUUAGGACCGAGUGAUAAGAACUCUAUUUGUGCAACAUGUCGUUUGGCCUAUUACACUUGCCCGGGUCAUUUUGGCCACAUCGACCUCCCAGCACCUGUCUUCCAUCCGUUGUUUAUGGUGAAUGCUUACCAUCUGCUUCGUGGUACUUGCCUAUUCUGCCAUAGGUUCAAAGUCAGUCGAUUUGUGCUGUGCAAGUUCGUCGCGAAGCUCCGGUUGCUCGAGUAUGGGUUCCUCGUUGCUGCAAAGGCGUUGGACGAUAUUCACUAUAGCACAAUAAAGAAGCGAGGUGUAGAGGACGACGAUGACGAGCCUGCGGAGACCUACGAGGCUUACGAGCAGCGUAUCAACCUUUAUGUCGCUGCGCACAUGGCCACCGCAUCCAGCAGCAAGCGUGACGCAUAUAAGGAUGGUCUCGUGUACCAAGCGCGGAAAGACGUCAUACAGGACUUCAUCAAGACCGCCAUGCUGAGGAAGUGCCAGAACGCGAACUGUAAUGCCCAUGGCUACACUUUCCGCAAGGAAGGCUACACGAAGAUCAUCGAGUACGACCUGACCAUCAAGCAGAAGGCUCAGCAUGACGCCAUGGGUUUGCGUCGACCGAACGUAAUGCUUGAUGAGCAGAAGUCCAAGCUCAAGUCGCAAACGUCGGUUCAGACAAAUGGGCACUCAGGAGAUCCGUCGGACGAGGACACGUCAAGCGAUGAGGAGGAGGGCGAAAAUGUUUUCUCGAACGAUGAAGAAGAGGAUGAGCACGAACGCCCUGCGAACGGACAGUCACUGCCCAAGUCUGCUAGUGGAAAAGUCAAGACGACACGCGGGCGGAAUGAGCGUGUUGUGCCUCCCGAGGAAUGCCGCGCACAUCUCCGCCGUCUCUUCCGCAACGAGUCUGUCAUGUGUUCGCUGCUUUUCGGCCGACAUGGACCUUUCGCUCCGCUCAGCCAGCAUAAUCUCUCCCUCGCAUCUGCCGACAUGUUCUUCCUCGAGGUUCUCCCUGUAAGCCCAACACGCUUCCGUCCUCCCGCGAAGAUGGGCGAUAUGCUGUUCGAACACCCUCAGAACGAGCUCCUGUCAAAGGUUUUGACGACCUCGUACCGUCUGCGAGACUUGAACAACAGUCUUCGUCUCGCCUCGGAAAAGGGUUCUGACGUCGAUGAAGCUGCUCGGAGACGUAUCCUCCAGUCACUACUUGACUCCCUUAUCCAGCUACAGGUUGACGUCAAUAGCUACAUCGACAGUAGCAAGAACCCUCAGCCCAUCCGACAAGGCCGCUUGCCCCCCGCUGGUGUGAAGCAAGGGCUGGAGAAGAAAGAAGGUCUUUUCCGUAAACAUAUGAUGGGCAAACGUGUCAAUUACGCCGCUCGCUCCGUUAUCUCCCCCGACGUCAAUAUUGAGCCUAACGAGAUUGGCAUUCCACCUGUCUUCGCGCGCAAAUUGACGUUCCCGGAGCCUGUGACGCCGAACAACUUCCACGAACUGCGGCAACUGGUCAUCACGGGCGCUCGUGGCUACCCCGGCGCCACAAUCGUCGAGUACGAAGAUGGGCAUCAGCAAUUCCUUGACAAGCUCACUCUUGAACAGCGGACAGCCAUCGCGAACCAAUUGUUGACGCCGCAAGAGGGCUCCCACGGGUCUGCCCAACGCCAUGGCCUGUACACUUCCACGCCUGCUGUCAACAAGAAAGUGUACAGGCACCUUCGAGACGGCGAUAUUCUCAUUCUCAACCGUCAGCCGACCCUCCACAAGCCGAGUAUGAUGUGCCACAAAGCGCGCGUUUUGCACGGCGAGAAGACGAUCCGGAUGCAUUAUGCCAACUGUAACUCGUACAACGCCGAUUUCGACGGUGACGAAAUGAAUAUACACUUUCCUCAGAAUCAAGUCGCGCGCGCGGAGGCGUACUACAUCGCCAACACUGACAAUCAGUACCUAGUCCCGACGUCCGGAAAGCCCUUGCGCGGUCUUAUCCAGGAUCAUGUCGUGGCUGGCGUCUGGAUGACAGCCCAAGACUCGUUCUUCACACGAGAAGAGUAUUUCCAGCUCCUCUAUGGCGCGCUACGUCCGGAAGACGAGCCACUUGAAGGGAAAAGGCGGCUUGUCACGCUUCCGCCGACGAUAUGGAAGCCGCAACCGUUGUGGACGGGCAAACAGAUUAUCUCCACCGUCAUGAAGAACAUUACACCGAGCGUCUUCGAAGGUCUGAAUCUGCAUGCGCAGGCCAAGGUCCCUGGUCACUUGUGGGGCAAGGACUCUAAAGAAGAUCAGGUUGUCUUCAUGGACGGCGAGCUUCUGUCCGGCGUCUUGGACAAAUCUGCAUUUGGCGCUUCGGACUUCGGACUCGUGCACUCAGUCUACGAGCUUUAUGGCGCGGAUACCGCGGGAAGACUUCUUGGCAUCUUGAGCAGGCUGUUCACGAAAUUCCUUCAGCAUCGAGCCUUUACGUGUCGUAUGGACGAUCUCGCCCUUACACCCGAUGGCAAUGCAAAGCGUGCAGAGCUUCUCGUCACAGGCGCGAACCUAGGGACGGAAGGUGCCAUGGAGAACUUCCCAGUUCUGAAGACCACGCAGGAUGACGAGAAGUCCCAGGUCUUGCGUUCACUUCUGGAAGACGUUUUGCGAGACGACAGCAAGAUGGCUGGCCUUGACGUCACGGUCAAAGGCAAACUUGCCAAGCUCACGAAGUCCAUCGCCGACGCUGUCAUGCCUCACGGCCUGCUCCGCCAAUUCCCCCACAACCACAUGCAGGCCAUGACAGUCUCAGGGGCGAAAGGUAGCGCUGUCAAUGCACAGCAGAUAUCCUGCGCGCUCGGUCAACAGGAGCUGGAAGGCCGUCGUGUGCCUACGAUGGUCAGCGGAAAGACCUUGCCGUCGUUCAAGCCGUUCGAGACUCGAGCAAUGGCUGGCGGAUAUGUCGCGAGUCGCUUCCUCACUGGCGUCAAGCCGCAAGAAUUCUUCUUUCAUUGCAUGGCCGGACGCGAGGGUCUUAUCGACACAGCCGUCAAGACGUCUCGCUCAGGGUACCUCCAGCGGUGUCUUAUCAAGCAUCUUGAAGGGAUCCGGGUACACUAUGACAACACCGUCCGCGGGAGCGAUUCCUCGGUAUACCAGUUCAAUUACGGUGGCGAUUCGCUCGACGUCACAAAGCAGAAGCAUCUCACCCAGUUCGAGUUCAUCGCCCGCAACGAGGUGUCGUUCGUCGAGCGCCUCCAGCCCAAAUCUCUCGGUGGCCAUGUCAGUGAGGACGCGGUCGACUACAUGAAGAAGAUCGUCAAGUACAAGGACAAGAAACAUAAGCGGGACAGAAUGCUGCCGACGAUCUCGAAGUACCCGCCGCAGCGAAACGUAGGUAGUACUUCCGAACUCUUCGCUGAUAAGGUGGAGGAAUACAUCCAGAAGAACCCACAUGGUCUGAUCAAGGAGAAAGAGGGCGAGGCACGGUUCAAGCGCCGAAGAGCUCCUCUCAGUAAGAAGAACUUCCGUUUGUUAACCAGUGUCAAGUACAUGCGCAGUUUGGUUGAGCCUGGGGAGGCCGUGGGUCUGCUCGCAUCACAGGGCGUCGGAGAGCCGUCAACCCAGAUGACCCUGAAUACGUUCCACUUUGCAGGCCACGGAGCAGCUAACGUUACGCUUGGUAUUCCCCGUCUGCGGGAGAUCGUGAUGACGGCUUCUCAGAAGCCUAAGACACCGUCGAUGACUAUGAGGGUCCGGCCAGGUACGACCCCAUCGGACAUCACGAGCUUCUGCAAGAAGGCCAGUCGUCUCGCACUCUCCCACGUCGUCGACAGGGUCUCGGUCACCGAGCAACUCAUCCUAAAAGGGGAGUCACGGAGCAAGGAAUUCAGGAUUGACCUCGACUUCUAUCCGCGUUCUGAGUACGAGCAAGAGUACAACGUGACACCACUCGAGAUUCUCGCCAGUUUCGGUCACAAGUUCCCCCAAAUCUUCAGGAAAGAGCUUCAGGUGGAGCUCAAGAAGCUGGACGCCGAUCUAAAGAGCCAGCGCGCGGAGCUUGGCAAAGGCCGAGCUGUGCGGGAGCAUCGAGGCGCCGCCGCCGCUGAGGAAGAGCAAGGAGAAGAGCCCAAUGGUCGUGGACGAGACGAAGAUGACGGAGCGAGCGAGAUCGGUGACGGCGAUGCGGUGACUUCCAAGAUGAAACGUCAACGAAAGGAGCAAGCGACUUACGAAGACGACGAUGAGGAGGCCGAUGAGGGAGGCGAACUGGACGACAUGGACAUCGAAGCUGCGUACGCGUCGUCUCCCGAAGACGACGCGGUCGACUCAGACGUAGAUGAAGAUGCCCCUUCAAUGGCGGCGGAACAUGGUCGCAUCGAGAGCUCGUUCAUGGAUAACCUACCCAGCGCCACAUCAUUCUCCUUCCGGGAUUCCGGCUGCACGAUUGGGCUACAGUUCGGAUCAACCAUGCCCAAACUAUUACUUGUUGGCUUAGUUGAACGAGUCUGUCUGAAAACAGUCGUACGCGAGAUUCCAGGCAUCACGGACUGUUUCAUGAACGAGGAGGACGGUAAGAAUGGGGAGAAGAUCUAUUCUCUGACUACCAACGGGUCAAAUAUUCCCGGACUGUGGCAGUUCGCGCGUGGGCAUGGUGAGAGCAUCAUCGACGAGGACGGCAUCUACUCCAAUGACAUCUACGCGCUCCUCUGUGCUUACGGCGUAGAGGCCGCACGCGCCGCCAUCCUGAAGGAAAUUGGCGGUGUAUUCGCUGUGUACAAGAUCGACGUUGACAUCCGUCACCUGGAGCUUAUCGCAGAUUAUAUGACGUUCGAUGGCGGGUACAAGCCGUUCAAUCGAAAAGGCAUUUCCACCAAUCCGUCGCCUCUCCUCAAGGCGUCCUACGAGACCACGGCAGCGUUCUUGUCCGACGCCACGUUGCAUGGUGACUUCGACGACCUGACUACGCCAUCCGGAAACAUCGUCAUGGGUAGGCUAAGCCAUACGGGUACAGGGGUUUUCGACAUUGUGAUGCCGGUUGACCAAAUGGACACCACCAUUGAUAUGUCAUGAUCUGUAAUGAGAAUAGUGAAAAGUAUUGUAGCGUCUAUAUGUAGCUAACGGCUGCUUGUCCGGC